AUGCGCUUUUCGAGGAUUAAAUUAGGUGCAAUUAGUGAUCUACAGCUCCGUCCGCGAGAAGCAAAGAAGAUCCUGCCGGAACUGAAAAUUGCAGAGAUAGAGUUGAAUAAGGACUUCAAGAAAAAGAACAAGGCUGCGCAGGACAGCAAAUGGAACUCGUUGAAGGCUGAGCAAAAAGCCAAGGCCAACCCCUCUAAGUACUUGGCUGACGCAUUCCCUAAAGGGGCUACUGGCAGGCCUGUGAAUCUUGAUAUCGUAGAUGUUCGGCUUGCCUUAGCUAAAGCAGCGGGAAAUUUGAACCUGGAAACGGUAUCUGUUGAUGCGCCUUGGACAGGUGGCAAGAAGCCCAGUCCUGAUAGAUGGAUGAUCAUUGGGAGGACUAGGGAUGCUGUUUGGAAUCAGAUGCGGGAGAUUGAGAAGGGAGCAGCUGGGCCAAAUACUGGCGGCGGGGAGCCGAAGACCAAGAAAGCAAAGGUCUCAAACGGCGUUGGAGAAUCGGCGGUGAAGUCCAAAACGCUCAAUUCAGCUUCGAGUUCAACACCAAAAGCUCCAGUCACACAAAAGCCAAAGCCAAGCGAGCCGCGCGGUGCUGAAGGGCCCCGGAAGAAGCAGACCGCAAGGAAGAAUGCAUUCCCAGAAUCAUCACUCAGUGAAUAUGAACAUCCAUCUGCGGCUCCGAAAUCUCGGCCAAAGCAAACUGCUAGAAAAUCGGUCUUCCAAUCCCCACCCCCAUCUACAGAAUCUAUACAAGCUGAACCAUCAUCCAGCAAAGUUGCUAAGGGCAAACACGCUUGGGACGUACGAGGAUCAUGGAUUAUCAGUUGUCCUGAGAUCGAGAAUGGCUGGGGAUACGAAGGUGAUGACCCCUCUCUAACAUUGGACAUCUACUUGGAGAAAAAGAAUGGUCACCACCAGAUGUACGCCAUCUUUCACUUCAGAAUUGUCACAGGUGUUAUGAGAUUUGAAAAACCAAUUCCCAUCCCGAAGUCAGAGAAAUCCGGAACUUCAAAUAAAAGGAAGCGGGACGAAGAUGCUGAUGGCGAUGUCGACAUGGCUUAUUUGCCCUCAUACUCGGGGGAAACUGAAUCCAGUGAGAAAUAUACUACCAGCGAUUUUUACCUUGCACUCAGCGAUAACCCGACUACGCGGCGGCCUACCUGGCGGUAUCGAUGGCGGGGCGAGGAGACUGACGAAACUUUGGGACAGAUUACCUUCAGUAACGAAGGUAAUGAGUUAUCAGGGACUUUCAAGUGUGAUUUCAUCGGCGAGUGCCACUUCACUGGUGUAAAGACAUCCGAGCAGGCAUGGGGUUCUCGCGUAGACCCUGAAGAACAGUGGGCAAACCGCAGUGAAGAUGCUUAUGACUAUGCGAGUCGCGCCAGGUGGGGAUGA